GAAAAGCCCAAAGAAAUGCUUAUCUAUAAUCCCCUUAUAUAAGCUUUUCUGGAACUUAUAGUUAUGUGAUAACUUUGGUCUUUCACACCAACAUUGAAGCACAUGCAUGCUCGGAGCUACUUCAUGUAAAACAGGUUAAAGAUGCCCUCCCAAGGAAACACAGCUUUUCUGCUUGUAUUAUCUAUUGUGUUCUUGUCAUGGAGAAUUUGUCAUGGAGGGAAGAUUUUGAUUGUUCCUUUAGAGGGAAGCCACUGGGUGAACAUGGACAUUAUGAUCAAAGCCCUCCACUCUCGAGGACACUCUGUUGAUGUGGUACGAACCAAUAAAAGCUGGUACAUCCAGGAUAACUCUCCGCACUACAGGACCAUCACAGUUCCUGUCACUGAAGCGUUUAAUCAUGACUUCAUUAACUCAAUCAUAAAAAAGAUCAUUGAUAUAGAAAGGGGGGAGAGCUCAGUUUGGAGCUUUGCAAGUUUGCAGGCUGAGAUGUUUACUGCCAUGUUUAACAUGCAUCGAAUAAUGUGCAAAUUGGCUACUAACAUGUUUAAAGAUAAAUAUUUAAUGAAUAGUUUAAAGGAGAGUAAGUAUGACCUGGUUCUUACUGACCCAGCAUGGGGUACAGGUAUAAUGUUGGCUCAUGCUCUUAAGCUACCUCUGGUCUAUAAUGUGCGGUGGAUAACUAGCGGAGAGGGACAUAUGGCCAUUGCACCUUCUCCUUUAUCUUAUAUCCCAUUGACAGGUUCAGGACUGUCAGACAAAAUGACUUUUAUACAAAGAGUCAAAAAUCUCCUUUUCUCUGUCAUUUGGCAAGCUCAGGAUGGACUUUUAAUUCACCCUCAAUAUCAAGCUGUUUGUGAUCAGUUCUUUGGCCCAGAAGUCAAAUAUAGUGACUUAUUACAGGGAGCAGAUCUGUGGCUCAUGAGAGUGGACUUUGUUUUUGAGUUCCCUCGACCCACCAUGCCUAAUGUUGUCUAUAUUGGCGGAUUCCAGUGCAAACCAGCAAAACCUCUUCCUGAACACCUGGAGGAGUUUGUACAGAGUUCUGGUGAGCAUGGGGUCAUCCUCAUGUCUCUGGGGACUUUUGUGAGUGAACUUCCUGCUGAUGUAACAAACGUGAUCGCGGCAGCUUUUGCUAAAUUGCCCCAGAAAGUCAUCUGGAGGCAUAAAGGUGACAGACCAGCCACUCUGGGCAACAACACUUUGAUAGUCGACUGGAUUCCACAGAAUGAUCUUUUAGGACAUCCCAAGAUGAAACUAUUUGUAGCUCAUGGAGGAACAAACGGAGUUCAAGAAGCAAUGUAUCACGGAGUCCCAGUUGUGGGUCUACCUGUGUUUUUUGACCAAUUUGACAACCUGCUGCGCCUAAAAGAGAGAGGGGCGGCUACACUUCUUACCAUUAAUACAGUGGAUAAAGACAACAACUUCCUGGAGGCCAUACAGGAAGUCCUGAAUGAGCCCUCCUACAGGAUGAACAUGCAGAGACUCUCCAGGCUGCACAGAGAUCAGCCAAUAACGCCGCUGGAGAACGCCCUCUUCUGGAUAGAGUUUGUCAUGAGACACAAAGGUGCAGCUCACCUGAAAGCAGAGUCCUACAGAAUGCCCUGGUAUUCCUACCACUCUGUAGAUGUAGUUUUGUUCCUGGCUGGAGCUGUGCUACUUGUACUAUCUACUAUUUUCAUUUUCAUCUGGUGUUUGUACACUACAGUGUGUAAACAUAAAGUGAAACGUGACUAAUCACUCAAGGGAUAUACAUUUUUAAAAACCAAUUUAUCAAUAUGAAAAUUGAUUUGGGGAUUAAUAUAACAGAUUAUUAUGAGAUUUGUUUGACUGGCCAUUUAAGCAACAUAUACAUGGUAGUUACUAUUUGCAUGUUAUUUUAUUUUGUUUGAUUAUAUUUAAGUAAGUUUUUGUAUGAACUACAUGGAUGAUGUGACUAUUUUCAUAACCAACACUGAAGUAAAAUACUAGGAAUUAAUGAAACUAUUUUAUUAGUCCCACUGGGAACCCUUUGAAUCUACAGUUGGCCUUUGUCGAAGCGCCAAAGCAGGAGUGCCACUAAUCCCUAAUGUGUUUAGGUAUUAUGAGGUAGCAGGGGCUCAGUUGGGAACAAAGAAAGACCACAGUUGGGGUUAAACCCUGUAUCUUAUCUAAGGUGUCCAUACUUACUGUAGCUAAAUGGAGCUAUAUGAAAAACUAAUCACUGAAAGAGAUUUGACCGGCUCUGAUUGUUCAGGUCUGAUUCAUUCCGGAGAAGCUAAAAUAUGUUUUCUGACUCAUCCAUCACUUCCUGUUUGUUCUGUGUUGUGAGCCAUUUUCAUUUCUACACCUCCAACUACCAGGCGGGGGAUCUUUCUUUUGACAUAACUGAUGUAGAUGUAGAUGUACUUAAGGAGGUAAUUGCAAUCAGCUUCAGGUGUUGCUGCUUUGUGUAGAGUUUGUCAUGAGACACCAAGGUGUAGCUCACCUGAGAACAGAGUCCUACAGAAUGCGCUGGUAUUGCUACCACUGUGUAGAUGUAGCUCUAUCUUUUCUGGCUACUGUUGCAGUGAUUACUUUUCUCCCUCUUGUGUUUGUCAGAUUUGCAUGUCUUGAGAAACGCAUUAAAAGAAAAACAAAUAAGAAAUGACAAUCACUGAACUCUGUCCUGCUCGUUCUACAAAAAAAAUAUUAUACAUAAUUAUGUUGUAACAGAUUUUUUUUGUAUUAACUGAAAUGGUAUUCAUUGCAUUUGCAUAAAAUGAAAAUACAACAUAAAACAGGUAUACCCAUGUUCACUGGCUAAUGGUCCCAUUCACAGGAACAGCAAUGAUGGUUUGGAUGCAUAUGCGAGCCUUCACUGACUAACAGGAAUUUGUAAUACUAAUUCUUACCAUGUAGAAUAAAGAUUGGUUGUGUAA